UCCAAGAUGGCGGACGGAGUGAGUCAAAGUUACAAUGAGGGGGUUUCAUCCAUGUUUUCAGAAAUACAAGGUUAUUUUUCUGGUGACCAAGAAAUCAGGGAGGAAAUAAGAGUUGCUGUUCGUAGUCUGGAACAAACAGCGAGAGAAGUUCUUGCAGUGAUGCAAGGGGCUCAUCAAAACCCCAGUACAGAAGCUCUGGCAAAAAUAUGCACCAGAAGUAGGGAAAAACUGAAAGAUGUUAAGAUGCAGUAUGCUGAAUUAGAGAAAAAGAUUCCUAAAGGCCAGUAUUACAGAUAUUGUGACCACUGGCGAUUUGUCAACCAAAGACUAACUUUUCUAGCAGCAUUUAUCAUCUAUCUUGAACAAGAAAAACUAAUAACGAGGGAAGAGUUGACAACAAUGCUUGGAGUUCAACAUAACCAGGAUCAAGGCUUCUUUAUUGAUUUAGAUGAUUAUUUGAUGGGAAUUCUUCAACUUGCGGAAGAACUGUCCCGUCUUGCAGUGAACAGCGUAACAGCAAAGGACUAUAAUAAACCCUUACGAAUAGCCCACUUCUUGUCCGAGCUUGAUGCAGGGUUUCGUCUGUUGAACCUAAAGAACGAUAGCCUACGAAAAAGAUUUGAUGGACUCAAGUACGACCUAAAAAAGGCUGAGGAAGUCGUGUACGACCUUUCAAUUAGAGGAUUGAAGCCUGCAGAAGAUGUUGUGACCAAGACUGAAGAUUAACUAAAUAAAGAUUUCUUUUGCGUAUG